AUUGGUUUAUGCAUGAAUAUCGUUUAUGCGAUGAUGAUCUUUCACAAAAAUCACUAAAUUGCAAGGGACCUUUUGUGAUAUGUCGCGUAACUAAGAAGAAUGAACUCAAGACCAAUUCAAAAAGUUUGAAAAAUAAAAGCGAACAAGAUAUUGGUUCGGGUUACUCUAGCCUUGCAACUUCUCCUUGUCGCGAUGAAGCGUCACAGUUCCAAUCGUUCAAGCCUUCUGCUACUACAAACGACUCUUCUAGCAUUUGGGUUUCUCCUGAUUUCAUCCUUGAUUCGUCUAAGGAUUAUCUUAAGAUUCAGGAGGUUGCUUCCGAGUACUUUCCCAACUACAAUAUUCCGGUCAACACGGCAAACAGCCACGUGGAAUUUCCGGCGAGCUCUUCUUAUUUUAAUGUGGACAAUUACAUUGAUCAGCAAACAUGGACAAAUUAUGAAUAUGACCAAACCGCUUCAUUUGAUUACUCAAACCAUUUUUAGGUACAACAAAGCAAUGUUGGGUCUUUCUUAGGACAAAAACUCCUUUUAACGUUGUUGUCUUGGAAAAAGAACUAGUUGUGAGCGUUUAUCACUAUUUUAUUUUGAAAAAUUAAUUAUCGUAGUUUUUUUUUAAUUGUUGUUUGCUAAUAUAAAGAUUCCGUAUUAUAAAUUUCUUAUUUGUAUUUUUAAUAGGAUUAUUUAACGUUAUUUUACAGUCUUAAUUUUUUUUAUGUUCG